UUAAUAUUCUUUUAAGAUUAGUCUUAGUAUAACCAACUAGUAGUAGCCAUCAUGCUUAUUCCAAAGGAAGACAGAAAGAAGAUCCACCAAUACCUCUUCCAAGAAGGUGUUGUCGUUGCUAAGAAGGAUUUCAACUUACCAAAACACGAUGAAAUCGAUACCAGAAACUUAUUUGUCAUUAAAGCUUUACAAUCUUUAACUUCUAAAGGAUUUGUUAAGACUCAAUUCUCAUGGCAAUAUUAUUACUACACCUUAACUGAUGAAGGUGUUGAUUUCUUAAGAACCGAAUUAAACAUUCCAGAAGGUAUUUUACCAUUAACCAGAUUAAAGAAUGCUCCAGCUGAAAGACCAAGACCAUUCAGAGGUUCUAGAGAAGGUGGAUUCAGAAGAAGAAGAGAUUAAGUAAAUAGUCUUAAUAUAUAAUAGUAUAUGUAUCAGG